ACGCAUCAACCCGCCUUCGUGUUAUUCUGGAUCUUCUCUGUGCCUCUGUGCUUGUAGAGAAUUUUCUUCUGCCUUGAUUGCCAUCCUCUAACCCCCUUUCGCACUUGACUGCUACCUCUCGGAAAACUUCGAUCGCUCUCAGCCAAACCCCCUCCCUUCAUCCCGCUCGAAUCAACCACCGACUCGCGAUCGGAAUUAACUCGCGCCCUUGAUCUCUUCAAGGCAGUGUAGGAGCCUACCCACCUCUGAGGCUACCUCAUCUCUGCGGUUCGCUAUUUUUAAGAGGCUCUGCUCUAAGCAAAUUUCCCCGUCUGGCAUCCCUGCCAGAGCUUUUCCCCCCAACAACACGUCGCGGCCGUAAGGCUUCAUCAUAGACCCUUUGGUCUCACUGGAUCUUAUUUCGAAACAUAGCCGCCGCGUCAUCAAUCCUUCACCCGCCUCGGAAGUCAUUUCUUCCACUCCCGCGUGCUUUUUUUUUCGUUUCCCUUUUUUUCUUCUUCGUUCCUUUCCCCCGUCUCUCGUUAGAAGUCGCCCGUCAUGGCCGACCAGGAAGUGGAUUUGGAUUCUAUCAUCGAUCGCCUUUUGGAGGUGAGGGGUAGCCGUCCCGGCAAGCAGGUGCAGCUCUUGGAAUCCGAGAUCCGUUACCUCUGCACCAAGGCCCGUGAGAUCUUCAUCUCUCAGCCCAUUCUUCUGGAGCUCGAGGCCCCUAUCAAGAUCUGCGGUGACAUUCACGGUCAAUACUACGAUCUCCUUCGUUUGUUUGAAUAUGGCGGUUUCCCUCCAGAGGCCAACUAUCUUUUCCUCGGUGACUACGUCGACCGUGGUAAGCAGUCGCUCGAGACCAUCUGCCUGCUCCUCGCGUACAAGAUCAAGUACCCCGAGAACUUCUUCAUUCUGCGUGGCAACCACGAGUGUGCAUCCAUCAACCGUAUUUAUGGUUUCUAUGACGAGUGCAAGCGACGAUACAACAUCAAGCUGUGGAAGACCUUCACCGACUGCUUCAACUGCCUGCCUAUUGCUGCCAUCAUUGACGAGAAGAUUUUCACCAUGCACGGUGGUUUGAGCCCGGAUCUCAACUCGAUGGAGCAGAUCCGCCGAGUUAUGCGUCCUACUGAUAUCCCCGACUGUGGCCUUCUUUGCGAUCUUCUGUGGUCCGACCCAGACAAGGAUAUCACUGGCUGGAGCGAGAACGACCGUGGUGUCUCAUUCACAUUCGGCCCCGACGUGGUGUCACGCUUCCUCCAGAAACACGAUAUGGACUUGAUAUGCCGCGCGCAUCAGGUUGUGGAGGACGGAUACGAAUUCUUCUCAAAGCGGCAGCUGGUCACGCUAUUCAGCGCUCCCAACUACUGUGGUGAAUUCGACAAUGCGGGUGCAAUGAUGAGCGUUGACGAGUCUCUGCUCUGCUCCUUCCAGAUCCUAAAACCAGCCGAAAAGAAACAAAAGUACGUCUACGGUGGCAUGAGCUCCGGCGGGCCCAAUACUCCUCCGCGCAAGCAAAAGAAAAAGUAAAACCAAAAAAGAAGAAUCAAUACGAGCUUUCCCAUGUGCAGCAGGUUCGGGCGGAGAUAAGCCAUUUUUGCAACACACUUUGUUCAACAAUUGCCUAUCGACAAAUACAACCAUUACAAUAACCAGCCGCCAAAUCCACUGUCCAUGUCCAAGCCAUGUCCCCACGCCUAUUCCUCCAACCUUCGCCGCGAUUUCCAUCCCCCCGCUCACAACAACCCCCCACGAAGCGAUGAACGACCGAGGAUCUUUAUUUACGCCCGGGUCCAGCCCAACGACCACACAUCCCCCCGUUCUCAUCCCCAGAAUCGCCGCCAUUACAGCAAUCCGAUAAUCCAUCGUCUUCAUCUCCUCUCUUCCGAUCUACGUUUAGGGCUGACCCGGCGCGCCAUUUGACCAUUUCUCGUCUGUCUGUCCCCCCCUUCCAUUUCUUCUGGCCGGUUCCGGAUCACGCGACCAACAUACAUGUACACCCCCCUUGGGACGGACGAUGAUCUCGCUUUUUCCCGUUCGUCUCUAUUCCACCUUUUUUUUUCUCUGAUUAUUUCUCGUACCUUUUUUUCCCUUUUGCCUUUUUCCUAGUCCUUCUCAUCUACUUUUAUUGCCGUUUCUCACCUUAUCAUCUGGACGGAAAGAUUACUCUCGGCAUCCUGGAAGGGCGGGGAAACCUGGUUUAUUAUCCUCCUUUUUUUUCUUAUCUUCCUCUCUGAUUCGUUCUGUCUUAUUGGUCGAGUUGUCUUGAGUUUCAAUGGAACGCAUCUGUUUGCCUUAAUAUUUCAUAGGCUUGUGCGUAUGAGUUGCGGCGUAGCUUAAAAGUUCUGUCUAGUUCGUGGACAUCCUGCUCGUUCUUUGAAGUCUACGAAAUUAGCUCCGUAGGCUCGUACACAGUCUCCUCCUUUGGGCAUACUACUU